AUGCAAGCCUUGACAAGCUUUUUUACGUGCUUGUUCUUCUUAUUCUCCCUUCUAAGAAUCUCAGCUGCAACUGCACGGGGCACAAUCACUCCGAGUCGAUAUAUAAGAGAUGGCGAAACUCUGGUUUCAGUAGGUGGAAGCUAUGAAAUGGGAUUCUUCAGCCCUGGUAAAUCGAAAAGCCGGUACGUGGGAAUAUGGUACACUGAUUCUACUGAUGCAGUUGUGUGGGUAGCCAACAGAGAAACACCACUUGGUGAUUCUUCGGGACUUUUGAAGCUCACUGAGCAAGGAGUUCUAGUCCUUCUCAAUAGCUCAAACAGCAUGGUGUGGUCAUCGAAUUCUUCAAGAAUUGCGGGGAAUCCAGUAUCGCAACUAUUGGAUUCUGGAAAUCUUGUGGUGCAAGAUGGGAAAGAAACUGACCCGGAUAACUUCUUGUGGCAGAGUUUUGAUUAUCCUUGUGACACAUACCUACCAGAAAUGAAGCUUGGUUGGGACUUGGUUGCCGGUUUAGAGAGGUAUCUCUCGUCUUGGAAGAGCACAGAAGAUCCUGCUCCGGGAGAGUUUUCGGAACGAGUGGAUCUGCGUGGCUUACCACAAUUUUUUAUAAUGAAAGGAUCUAAGAUACACAGCAGAGGAGGGUCAUGGAAUGGCCUUUAUUUUACAGGAUCCGGAUAUGGUGUCAGAGAACCAAAUUCAAUAUCUGGGAUUGAAUUUGUGAUGAACAAGGAUGAGGUCUCUUCGAAGUACAGGCUCCGGAACAUGUCAGUGUUCUCGAGAUAUGUAUUGAACCCAUUAGGAGUCACAGAGAAGUUCACAUGGGUGUACCAAACACACAGUUGGGAACAUUCCUUCCAAGCAGAUCGGUGUGACAAUUAUGCCUUAUGUGGUCCAUUUUCUAGUUGCAGUUUCAAUGGUAACUCUGCAAUAUGUGCAUGCUUGAAGGGAUUUGUGCCAAAAUCUUUGAAAGAUUGGAAUUCGGGAUAUUGGUCUGAUGGAUGUGUUCGAAGGACUCCGUUGGCCUGCAGCCAUGGAGAUGGCUUCGUAAAGUACAGUGGGAUCAAAUUGCCAGACACAUCAACCUCGUGGUUUGAUAAAAGCACGAGCCUUAAAGAAUGCAAGGGAUUAUGUUUGGGAAACUGCUCAUGUACUGCGUGUGCAAAUCUAGACAUCAGGGAGAGAGGAAGUGGCUGCGUGCUUUGGUUUUUUAGAAUAGAACUGCUAUUCAGCAGUUGCAGGCUUGAAGUGUGUGAAGGAAACAGUUUUGAAGAACGAUAA